AUGUACCGUGCACGCAGAAACGAAUUAGAGGCUCUAAAAUUUGGACGCAAAGAGGACGAGUCCGACACCGCGAUCGAUGCUCACGGAUUCUUAGUGGAACUGGUAAAGGGCAACCACAUCCACGAAACACCAUAA